AUGCAAAUGAGUUGUGGUUUAGUUGUUGGCACUCACAACUCCAACGAGCUUCUAGUUAUUCGUCGCCAUGGGGACGACUCUUCACCAAAGACGGGGGAACAUUUGAUCGGCCAAACAUGCAACAUAUGCGGAGAUGAAGUUGGACUAACAACUGAGGGAGAGUUGUUCGUGGCCUGCAAUGAGUGUGCCUUCCCUAUUUGUCGUGUUUGCUAUGACUACGAGCGCAAGGAAGGGAACCAGACGUGCCCUCGGUGUAAAACCAGAUUCAAACGUCUCAAAGGCUGUCCUAGAGUGGAAGGAGAUGAAGAAGAAGAUGAAAUUGAUGACUUAGAGAAUGAGUUCAGUUUCGAGGGAUCCAACAAUGAGCAGCACCAUUUUGUUGUUCAUAGGGAGCCGCAACUUUCCCUUCUCAGUAAUGGUCACAAGUACUUGUUGAGCCACCUUUGUUCUCAUUUUGUUUUUUUCUUUUGUUUCCUUCAACUUUUGGCUUUCCCCACACUGCAAAUCCUAAAGGAUUUAACAGCUUAUGGCUAUGGAACUGUUGCUUGGAAGGAGACAUGGAAACAAGAAACAGGAAAAUUACAGCUGAAGAAUCCGUAUAAUGGUUGCAAAGAUGUCUUUCCUGAUGACCUUGAUUUACCUUUAAGAGAUGAAGCUAGGCAACCAUUGUCAAGAAAGUUAGGAAUCCGAUCGAGCCAAAUCAACCCAUACCGGAUGAUCAUCAUAAUUCGACUUGUAGUUGUUGGAGUUUUCUUACACUAUCGAGUGAAGCACCCAGUUGAGGAUGCCUACGCUUUAUGGCUCGUAUCUGUCAUCUGUGAAACAUGCUUUGCACUUCAAUGGAUUCUUGAACAGUUCCCAAAAUGGCAUCCAAUCAACAGGGAAACUUAUCUCGAUAGAUUAUCCCUGAGAUACGAGGAGGAGGGGCAACCUUCACAACUUGCUCAUAUUGACAUAUUUGUAACCACAGUUGAUCCAUUAAAAGAAUCACCUUUGGUGACUGCAAAUACAGUUCUUUCCAUACUUGCUGUGGAUUACCCGGUUGAUAAGCUCUCAUGUUAUGUUUCUGACGAUGGUGCUUCCCUGCUAACAUUUGAAGCAUUGUUCGAAACAUCUGAAUUUGCAAGGAAAUGGGUACCAUUUUGCAACAAGUUUAACGUCGAACCGAGGGCACCCGAGUGGUAUUUUUCUCGAAAGGUAGAUUAUUUCAAAGACAAGAUUUUACCAUCGUUUGUGAUGGAAAGAAGAGCAAUGAAGAGAGAGUAUGAAGAGUUCAAAAUUCGAAUCAAUACAUUGGUUGCCAAGGCUCAAAAGGCUCCAAAAGAUGGGUGGAUCAUGCAGGAUGGAACUCCUUGGCCUGGGAACAAUACUCAUCAUCAUCCCGGAAUGAUUCAGGUUUUUCUUGGACAAGGUGGAAGACAUGACGCAAAUGGAAAUGAAUUGCCACGCUUGGUAUAUGUUUCUAGAGAAAAAGGACCUAGUUUUAAUCACCAUAAAAAGGCUGAAGCUUUGAAUGCUUUGGUAAGAGUCUCUGCAGUGCUCACAAAUGCACCGUAUCUCUUAAAUUUGGAUUACAAUCACUACAUCAACAAUAGCAAGGCUCUUAAAGAGGCAAUGUGUUUCAUGAUGGAUCCAUUGUCAGGAAAAAGAGUAUGUUUUGUUCAAUUCUCCCAGCGGUUCGAUGACAUUGAUAGCCAUGAUCAAUAUGCCAAUAGAAACCCCAUAUUAUUUUAUGUUAAUAUGAAAGGUUUGGAUGGCAUUCAAGGUCCUAUAUAUACUGGUACUGGAUGUGUAUUUAGAAGAGUAGCACUUUAUGGCUAUGAUGCUCCUAAACCAAAGAAGCCACCUACAAGAACAUGCAACUGUUGGCAUAAAUGGUGUUGUGGAUGUUUGUGCUUAAGAAGGAAGAAGAAGCAGCAGCUUUAUAAGUUACCAAAGACCGUGAUUCAAACAAGACAUACUAAACAAGGUGAUGAAGAAGCUUUACCACUCAUGUCUGCUACUAUGGAGGCCGUCGAAGAAGGGGCACUCGAAAAGAUGUUUGGUCAGUCCCCUGUUUUUAUUGCAUCAACCUUGGUAGAAAAUAGUGAAACAUUCAAUGGAGCUAGCCUUGCAUCUCGACUUAGAGAAGCCAUCCAUGUUAUCGGUUGUGGCUAUGAAGAAAAAACCGAGUGGGGAAAAGAGGUUGGAUGGAUGUAUGGGUCGGUUACAGAGAAUAUAUUAACAGGAUUUAAAAUGCAUAGCCAUGGGUGGCGAUCUGUACAUUGUGUUCCUGCUAGGCUUGCAUUUAAGGGAUUUGGUUCAGUCGACCUUGAGGAUCAUCUGCAAGAGGUUCUGGGAUGGGCGCUUGGAUCGAUUGAAAUAUUCUUAAGUAGGCAUUGCCCUAUCUGGUAUGGCUAUGGAGGUGGUCUCAAGUUGUUGGAACGUAUUGCGUACAUAAAUGUAGUCGUAUAUCCAUGGACCUCUAUUCCUCUUCUUGCAUAUUAUACACUUCCUGCUGUCUGCUUGUUCACAGGCAAAUUCAUCAUUCCAGAGCUCAGCAGUGCUGGAAGCUUGUGGUUCUUUUCGCUUUUCAUAUGUAUUUUCGCAACAAACAUCCUGGAAAUGAAAUGGAAUGGAAUCAGCAUUAACGAAUGGUGGAGAAAUGAACAACUUUGGGUGAUCGGAGCCGUUUCAGCUCAACUGUUUGCCGUAUCCCAAGGGCUUUUGAAGAUUAUGACUGGUAUUAACACCAACUCCAGUGUAACUUCAAAGGUAGAAGGCGACAGUGGAGAUUUCUCCCAACUGUGGGACUUAAAAUGGACGACAUUGCUCAUCCCACCCACAACGUUGCUUAUAAUAAACAUCGUAGGAGUUAUUGCUGGAAUCGCAAAGGCAAUCAACAAUGGGUAUGAUUCAUGGGGACCAUUUUUUGGGAAGUUUUUCUCUGCUUUCUGGGUCAUUGCUCAUCUUUAUCCCUUGCUAAAGGGUUUGUCGGGGCGACAAAGCAGGGCCCCUACCAUUGUUGUUGUUUGGUCGGUUUUGUUAGCUUCAAUUUUUGUACUUGUGUGGGUUCGGUUGGAUCCGUUCUUGCCCGAAUCUGAUGGUCCGUCUCUUGUGGAAUGUGGGUUGGACUGUAAAUAA